CUGUGCCCGGUUAGUGCGCCAUGAGCGGUACCCCAGGCAGCAGAUCCCAACUGCAAAAACCACCUGCUAAGGGGAUAAUGAAAAAAUAGCAACAUGGACUCAAAAGGCAGUGUGAAACAUCAAUAUCUGGCUGCAAUAUUUGUAAAUAUUGUGUCCAUUUCCUUUGGCGCCUAUUGCGGUUGGCCUUCGUCCAGCUUUCUGGAGCUAAACAGCAGCACGAGUCCCUUGGAGACUGGUCCUCUUACAGAGCAGGAUCAGGGCAAUGUGGCAUCGGUUCUCUGCCUCGGCGGUCUGGUUGGCAAUGUAUUCUUCCUCUGGCUGGCCGACAAAAUCGGUCGCAGGAGCUCAAUGCUGUGGGUGGCAGUGCCCUCGCUGCUGGGUUGGAUUGGCAUCCCUUAUGCACGGAAUCCCACUCAUCUGAUAGCAGCUCGCUUUUUGGGUGGAUUGGCAGGAGGCGGCUGCUUUGGAGUGAUUCCCCUCUACACGGCGGAGCUGGCAGAGGACAGCGUGAGGGGCAUCCUGGGCACUCUGCUCGUGCUCACUUGUAACUUUGGCGUGCUGCUCGCCUUCAUUUUGGGCUACUACUUCAACUAUGCGACAGUCGCGUGGAUUGCCUCUGCACUGACAAUAGUCUACGUGGGUUGCUUCUGGUUUAUGCCUGAGACCCCGCAGCAUUUGGCACAGCGCCACAAGUUGUCAGAGGCAGAGGACGCCCUGCGCUACUAUCGCAAUAUACGCACUCGUCCCUCUAAAGACCUGAGCGAGCAGCUGCAGCUGGAGCUGCACAAGCUGCGCGCACCCGAGAAGGCAGACGAUGUGGAUAUUGACGACAGUGCCGUGACCUGGGCGGACUUUGCGGAUCGAAAGACGCGUAAGGCCUUGGUCAUUGGGCUGGGCGUGUUGAUGUGUAAUCAGGGCUGUGGCUGCUUUGCCUUGCUCAACUAUACGGCAAUGAUAUUCGAGAAAUCCGGCUCCAGUCUGCCGCCCACUGUCUCCGCCAUCAUUGUGGGCGUCAUUCAGCUGGUGGGCUCCUAUGUGUCCACUCUGCUGGUGGAGCGAGCAGGUCGCAAGGUCCUGCUGCUCGUUUCCGCGGUUGGCAUUUGUCUGAGUCAGCUGAUCAUGGCCAGUCACAGCUACCUGAAGGUGCUCCAGUAUGACACGUCCGGCUUCGAUUGGGUGCCCGUUGCUGCGUUCUCAUUCAUGCUGUUCAUCGCCGCGUUGGGCCUGUUGACGCUGCCUUUUCUGGUCAUCUCGGAGAUAUUGCCCCCGAAGAUACGCAGCACCGCCAUUAUGGUGCUCAUGUCUAUUUUAUGGCUGCUCUCCAUGCUGGCCAUUAAGCUCAUUCCCCUGCUCAACGCUGCGUGGGGCAUGCAUGGGACGGUGCUGUUCUUCGCCAGCUGCACCCUCGCCGGGGCUUUGUUCAUUGCCAUCUUUGUGCCCGAGACGAAGGGCAAGACAAUUGAAGUCAUUUUGGCGAAUUUAUAGUUAGCUGUGAAUUGUUUUAUUUAUACUUGUCUAACAAUAUUAAAUAUUAUAAGCCUGUUACAAGAUCAA